UGUAUACAAGUCUGGAAGUCGAUGACGGGUUUGCUCCGAAGAGAAUCUCGCGCGGAGCGUUUCGCAAAUGCUGAUUACAGCCUGUACAGAUACAGAAAGCAAGAAUUCGGAGCAAAGCCGUUAAUGUGCGGCCUUUUCCCGACUGCCAACAGUCAGUCAGUCAGUCAGUCAGUCAGUCAACAUCAAAUCAUCGUGGCUGCUUGUACCUCGCGGGGUAUUCUUGAAGUUUACCAUUAAAACCACGUGCUGAUUGUGGCUAGAAGCAGCGUUGUAACAGUAUUGUAUUUAUAGCUAUAUAGACGUGAAUAAUCUACGAAAAAUAGUUUGAACUUGGUGCAGUUUGGUUUUAACCUUGAGUGGUGAACUUCGAUCCGUGAACUCUGGCUUCAAAGGGAUUAUGGAAAAUUUUUUGCAUGCUUACUCAUACACGACUCGUAAUUCUGUUUGAGACUCUGAGUAUAAUGUGUGGCUCUCUUAUCUUGGAAAACGGCUGCUGCUGACUACUUAGUUCUAUUUGGUGUAAUCGGUAUUACACUAACAAAUUUCAAGCGGAUAGUACCUCAUGCGGUAUUGAUUUUCAGUCCAUCGAUCAUUUCACCCAAAGUUUUUGCUCUUUCGUGAACAACUGUAAUGUGAUUCUGUAUCGGCCAACGUAAUAACCUAUGGGGACAAGUUUUUUUAAUGGAAAUGUUUAGGUGACCGAAAAGUUUUAUUUUUAUUCAUUUUUAUCGAUAAAUAGGGCCGAAUGGUUAAUUGUGAUGUAAUUGGACUUUAUGUGAAAUUUCACCGCGUGUCGUGGAAUCGAUUUUUUUUUACUAUAUUCGUAUGAGUGACUCUCUCUAUUUUACAUCUAUUAUCGGAUCUCAACAACCAAUUUAUGGUAUAUUUUUUUCGCGUCACUGUUCAUUUUUUAAUGCAAAUAUUUUACUCAUUGAAUAUAAACACAAAUAAAUAAAACAAACGGCGAUCGCAAAAUGGCACACGAGCCGGUAAAGAGCAAGACAAAAAAGAACAUGGAAGUGGAAAAUCCUCGGAAAUCCGAAAUCAACAAAGAGGACGAAGGAAUUACACCGCCGGACGGUGGAUGGGGAUGGGUCAUCGUAUUUGCAUCGUUUAUGAUACACGUCAUCACUGACGGAGUUACGUAUUCCUUUGGAUUAUUUUACGUCGCUUUUCUCGAUUACUUCGAAGAAGGGAAAGGUAAGACGUCCUUGAUCGCCUCGCUCCUCGUCGGCAUCACAUAUUGUUCAGGACCCAUAUCCAGCUCUUUCGUAAACAAAUAUGGAUGCAGGACAGUCACUAUCGCUGGAACCAUACUUGCCAGCACCUGUUUACUGGCUAGCGUUUUUGCUCAAAAUAUUUUGAUGUUAUGUUUUACAAUCGGAAUCGGCACAGGUAUAGGCUUCGGGCUUAUAUACUUACCAGCCAUUGUCAGUGUGACCUGUUACUUCGAGAAGUAUCGUUCCCUGGCAACAGGAAUAGCAGUGUGUGGUUCUGGUUUGGGAACUCUCGUGUUCGCGCCUUUGACAGGACUUUUGAUAUCGACAUACGGAUGGCGUGGCGCCACGUUAAUUAUAUCAGCAUUGGUUUUAAACUGCAUAAUACUUGGUGUGCUUAUUAGGCCACUAGAAGCACCAAAGAAGGAUAUUUCACUGCAGAGUUUACAUUUCAAGGAGAAUGGAUCUGUUGUCAAAGUCGCUGUUCAAAAUGAAACGAAAGUAUCACAAGCGACUGAUAGCAGACAGCGGAAUACGAUUACUCAAAGUCUUGUAAAGUACACCGCAGUUAAGACGGAGGAUGAUGUUGGGAAUAAUUUGCGUGCAGCAUUGAGCCAGCCGAUUCUUCUGACCAAAAGUCUUGGCAAUCACACUCAAAGCAUGACACGAUCAUACGGUAGCUCCAUAAUGAACCGCAGAGACAUAUUUUAUCAAGGCAGUUUAGAUAACGUUCGAGCUAAAUCGUACGUAUCUGACAAUACUGAAAUGAAAAUGCGGAAUUAUUAUGGAUCUCUGGAGAAUAGUGUUGAAAAUGUGAGAUUGCACUCAUCGUUGAGGAGCUUACCGAAUGGGAAUGCAAAACAUUCCGAUAACUAUGAAAGACCUUCAAACGUUGAAGAAAAUGUAGACAUAUUUUGUGAGAUGUUGGAAUUCUCACUACUGAAAGAUCCAGUAUUUGUGCUGUUCACACUUUCCAACUUUUGUACCAGUAUUGGGUUUAAUAUUCCCUACGUGUAUUUGGCGGCUCAAGCUGAGGAGCGAGGAAUCCCCAAGGAUGACGCUAGCUGGUUACUAGGCAUUAUUGGGAUAGCAAACACUUUUGGUCGUAUCAUACUUGGUUAUGUCUCCGACAAACCCUGGAUUAACCGUCUCAUAGUCUACAACAUAUGUCUCACUAUCUGCGGUAUCGGCUGGUUACACGAUGGAUUGGGAUCCUACGAUCCAGGCUUUUGGGUUGCUGGCUCGAUGAUUGCGAUUAGUGGACUCAUGCUAUUUUUCAUACCUCCACUCCAGAGGUACUUACGAAAGAAAGCAGAAAAGUCGCAAAGGAUAGACUUUGUAUUCUAGCAUAAAUUACUGUAAAUCG